AGGAUAUCGUCGCAAGGCUAGAAGGCAUCCGAAAGCAAAGCCUGUUGCAGAUUGAAUGUCACUCUCAAGGAUAUUGUGAGUGAGGAAACCUCGACGGUAGGACCAAUACGCAAAAUGGCGCCCGUGGCUACAGAGACAAUUACAGCGGAGCCGUCACCGCCUGAUGCAUCAGGCGUGCAUUUGGCCAAGAAACGCAAGAUCAAUGGCAAAGCGGCGGCGCCUUCUUUUGCGGAAACGCUGCAAAAGCUUAAGGACGACGCGGAGGCGGUAGGAGAUGACAAGCAAAUUUGGGCCAGGCCCCCAGUGGAACAUUUCAAUCCCGAGAAAGACGCACUCGUCUUUCAACAAAUCGACAUUGAAGAAUUCACACAGGUCAAUGCGCCUCCUGCAAUCCGUAUGUAUGGAGUAACUCAGGAAGGGCACGCAGUCUUGGCCCACGUCAAAGGCUUCUUGCCUUACUUUUACAUUCAUGCUCCCAAGGGGUUCCGCAGCGAUACUUGCGAUGCGUUCACAAACCAUCUCAAUACUAUCCUUGGCUUUCGAGGUGUGCAGAAGAUCGAGAUGUGCGUCAAGCGCAGUCUUAUGAACUACACUGGGCCCGAGAGCGUCGCUUUUAUCAAGAUCACCAUGUCAGAUACACGCAGCUUACCAAAGCUCAGAGGAUCUUUCGAGCGAGGAGAAAUCUCAUUCCGAGACUUGUGGGAGUCUGGAAACGAGAUUCUCACGUACGAGAAUAUCGCAUACACGCUACGCUUUAUGAUCGACCAUCAAAUUGUGGGCAUGAAUUGGAUCGAGAUCCCGGCCGGAGAAUAUACAGUUCGCAAAGGGGCUUCGAAGGUGUCGCUUGUGCAGAUCGAAGUCGACUGUCAGCAUGACAAGCUCAUCUCGCACAGCCCAGAUGGCGACUGGUCCAAGGUCGCGCCACUGCGCAUCCUCAGCUUUGACAUUGAGUGCGCUGGCCGCAAAGGUGUCUUUCCAGAUGCACAAAUUGAUCCCGUCAUCCAGAUCGCUAAUAUGGUCACGCGACAAGGAGAAGCUGCGCCGUUCGUCAAGAACGUCUUUACGCUCAACUCAUGCGCGCACAUUGUCGGUAGUGACGUUCGAAGCUUUGACGAUGAGGUGGAGAUGCUGGAGGCUUGGACGAAAUUUGUCCAAGAGGUCGAUCCGGACGUCGUCAUCGGUUACAACACUUCCAACUUCGACUUUCCCUACCUGUUGGAUCGCGCCAAGACUCUCAAAGCCAACAACUUUGCCUAUCUCGGACGGGAACGAGGGACACGAACCGAGGCAAAGGACACGCACUUCUCCUCGAAGGCGUAUGGCACUCGAGACUCUAAAAAUACAGAACUGCAAGGGCGCUUGCAGCUCGACAUGCUUCAAGUCAUGCAGCGCGACUAUAAGCUCCGAUCCUACUCACUUAAUUCGGUCUCUUUCGAGUUUCUAGGAGAGCAGAAGGAGGAUGUGCACCACUCGCUCAUCACGGAGCUCCAAAAUGGUGGACCGGAAUCGCGAAGGCGUCUGGCGAUUUAUUGCUUGAAGGACGCUUACCUACCGCAACGCUUGAUGGACAAGCUGAUGUGCUUCAUCAACUACAUCGAAAUGGCAAGGGUCACGGGCGUUCCGUUCAACUAUUUACUCUCCCGAGGGCAGCAGAUCAAGGUAAUCGCGCAGCUUUUUCGCAAGGCAAGAUCUGAUGACUACCUCGUUCCGUCAACAAAGAGCGAAGGCACGGACGAUCAAUAUGAGGGUGCCACAGUGUUGGAGCCGAAGCAAGGCUACUACGACAAGCCCAUCGCCACGUUGGAUUUCGCUUCGCUGUACCCCUCGAUCAUGAUGGCGCAUAACUUGUGCUAUACAACGCUGCUGAACAAGCAGACGAUCGAUCGACUGCAGCUCAAGGAGGGAGAGGACUAUGUGCACACGCCGAACAACAACUUCUUUGCCACAGUCAAACUACGUAAGGGCCUGCUGCCAACUGUCUUGGAAGACUUAAUCAGUGCAAGGAAACGCGCCAAGGCCGACCUAAAGAAGGAGACGGACCCGUUCAAGCGUGCUGUGCUGGAUGGUCGUCAGCUCGCUCUUAAGAUCUCUGCGAAUUCGGUCUAUGGUUUCACGGGUGCGACAAUUGGCAAGCUGCCAUGCCUGGAAAUAUCGAUGAGCGUCACUGCUUACGGUCGUCAGAUGAUCGAACAUACCAAGCAGAUGGUGGAGAGUCGUUACACGAUCGCCAACGGCUACGAGCACGACGCUGAAGUCAUUUAUGGUGAUACAGACUCGGUUAUGGUAAAAUUCGGCGUGUCGGGCCUGAAGCAAGCGAUGGAGCUAGGAGCAGAGGCAGCCGCAAUCGUCUCCGAGUCGUUCAUCAGGCCCAUCAAGCUCGAGUUCGAGAAGGUCUAUUUCCCAUACCUCCUUAUUAGCAAGAAGAGAUACGCUGGGCUCUACUGGACGCGGCCAGAAAAGCACGACAAGAUGGACACAAAGGGUAUCGAGACUGUCCGUCGCGACAACUGCCGCUUGGUACAGACAGUCAUCGACACGUGCCUGCGCAAAAUGCUCAUCGACCGGGACGUGCAAGGGGCGGAGAACUAUGCAAAGCAGAUCAUCUCAGACUUGCUGCAGAACCAGGUAGACAUGUCGCAGCUGGUCAUCACCAAGGCACUCGCAAAAGCAGACUACGCUGCGAAGCAGGCGCACGUGGAGCUUGCUGAGCGGAUGCGCAAGCGUGAUGCGGGCUCUGCGCCGGCUUUGGGCGAUCGAGUGGCAUAUGUGAUCGUCAAAGGUGGCAAAGGAGCAGCAGCGUAUGAGCGUUCGGAAGACCCAUUGUACGUGCUGGAGCACAACAUUCCGAUCGACACCCGAUACUACCUCGACAACCAGCUCUCGAAGCCUCUGAUGCGCAUCUUUGAGCCGAUCAUGGGCAGCCGCAGCAGCAGUCUGCUAGCCGGCGAGCAUACGCGCAAGGUGCAAGUCGCCACGUCGAACGUGGGUAGUCUAAUGAAGUUUGCCGUGCGCACCGCGCAGUGCCUCGGGUGUCGUACGCCGCUGCACAAGAAUAUGGGCACCUUUCCCGUUUGCAACAACUGCUUGCCGCGCAUCAACGAAAUCUACCAUGACAAGAUGGCGAAAGCUUCGUCACUCGAAGUCGAAUUCGCUCGCCUCUGGACAUGUUGCCAGCGCUGUCAAGGCUCGCUCGCGCAGGAUGUCAUUUGUAGCAACAAGGACUGUCCGAUCUUUUUCAAGAGGAAGCGUGCGCAGAAGGAUUGCGAAGAAGCGGUCAAGGUGCUCGAGCGCUUCGAUGUUCGGUCGUGGUGAUCUGAUUAAAUGUACUGUCAUUUGCGGGAUCC